AUGGAAGAAGUUGAUUCUAUUUGUACGGAAAAAAAUAAUAAUUUGAAGGAAGAGCGUCGCCGCAGUCGGCCUGAUGAUGGCAAGGAUGAAAUAAAGAAAUUUAAAGAGAGUCUACUGCAGUCUCUUACACCUGGAGAUUCUAUAAUAACGGAAAGUGGGAACGAUUCGAUAACGGUGCCACAACCAUCGAGAUCUCGCUCUGCGUCGAGAGCUAGAGAAGCUCUUUGUAUACCAGCUAACGUUUUGGCAGAACUGGAUGAUAAUAAAAUAUUUGAAUUAAAAGAGGCGUUUCUACUUUUCGACAUGGAUGGCGAUGGAUGUAUCAACUUCAGUGACCUUCGGGCUACAUUAGUUAGUUUGGGUGAUAAUAUCGACGAAAAUGCUAUACGGAAUAUGUUGGCAGAGGCUCCAAGCCCUUUGGAUUUUGAUGGUUUCGUCAAUUUGUUGGGGUAUAAGACUCUUGAGUUGGAUUCAGAAGAAACAUUGUUAGCAGCAUUGUCACGCUGGGAGGAUAGUAACAAGAAAGGACUUAUAGCGGAAGAAAGAAUUCGUCACGACCUGAUGACCUACGGUGACAAAUUUACGGCGAAAGAAGCAGACUAUGCCUUAGAUGAGGCGCCGAUGAUUGUUCAAGACGACGGUUCUACCAUGAUCGACUACGUUAAGUUCUGUAGGAAGCUAGCUGGUUUGAAAAAGCCGAGCAAACCAAAUUAA